CAGCAGCAGCAGCAGAAGAUACGGAGGCUGGCGUGUGUCACCUUAUCUGUCUCCCACUAUCGCUGUGUCCGGGGACUAUUUCACUAAUUUCUCCCUUCGGAUCCUUCCCGCGACGUUCAAUUAGGUGUUUGCGCGUUAAUGGGCAUCUUGGACGACUGCCUCCUAAUCCAUGUGUGUGUGUGCUUCAGAGAUUGUGAGCGGCAGAGGCAGCACCUAGGAGCACAAGCAGGAGGCGGAGGAUUUUGCCGUACCGUGUCGUGCACAGUGGAAAUACGCUCGUACUACUCUCCCACAGUGAAGAGCCAAAGACGAGGCGCAGGAACAAGGGCUUUUUUGGAGCACCCCUCUCUAUAUUGAUGAAUUGUCAACGGGACAGGCCUGCAACAUCGCGCGUAUCUUCAGCAUGAGUCCCACAAAUUGAGGAGGCUGUUAUAAGCUACAGUUGCUGAUUGAGAUUGGAGGCAGCCAUGGAAGUGAAGGAACGCCGCCCCUACCGCUCGCUGACGGCGCGGCAAGACACAGAGCGCCGCUACACCAGCUCCUCAGCCGACAGCGAGGACGGCAAACCCAACGCCAAGUCCUACAGCUCCAGUGAGACGCUCAAGGCCUUCGACCAUGACUCCAGGAUGGCGUACGGAACCCGGGUCAAAGACGUGGUGCACCAUGAAGUGGACGAGUUCGGUCGGCCAGGGGCAGAGUUCUCCCUGCGGGACCUUGGUUUUGGUGAAGCUCUGCCGUCUCACGUAGCCGCCUACAGGACAGAGCUGGGACUGUCACAUCGAGAUUACUCCGUCAGUAUGGGCUCGGAUGCGGACACGGAGACAGACGGCAUCAUGUCCCCGGAGCACGCCGUCAGAAUGUGGGGUCGCUCCAACACCAAGUCGGGCCGCAGCUCCUGCCUGUCGAGCCGAGCUAACUCCAACCUAACGCUCACUGACACGGAACAUGAGAACACGGAAAAUGGUCCUCCGCUGCAUUGUUCAUCCGCCUCCUCCUCCCCUGUUGAGCACCUCCCAUACCCUCCCCCAUCCAUUGCAGCCAAUCAGAGCCAGGGAGGGUUGCUAGGUAACAGUGCGGCUCAGCCAGCCCAGGACUCUGACUCUGAGGAUGAGUUUGGCCCCAAUUCAUUCUUAGUUAAAACUGGCUCAGGAACCCUCUAUGCUCCAGCCACUGCAGCUGCUGAUGACGGCGCCUUCCAAAACCACUCCCGGCUGCGGACACCCCCUCUGCCACUGUCCCAUUCCCACUCACCGAAUCACCAGCACCAUGCGCCCUCCAUUAACUCCUUAAAUAGGGGCAACUAUACCCCCAGGAGCAACCCCAGCCCCGCCCCCACCGACAGCUCCGCCCCACCUGAGGGACCAGCCAGUGGGCAGGACUCGGGCAGCGCACAAGACAACUGGCUCCUCAACAGCAACAUCCCGCUAGAAACAAGGAGCCAGAACACUCUAAUGUUUAUUAGAGAGGAGCAGGACGGUUGCAGAGAAGGGCAGGGCUCGUACAAAACAAGAAACAUAGCAAAGCAGUCAUUCCUAGAGAGUUUACAGGACAACCAGAUUGAGAUGGACAUUCUGGCUCGCCACGAUGCCCCAUACAGCGACGGGCACUUCUUGUUCAAGCCAGGUGGAACAUCACCAAUGUAUUGCACAACCUCCCCAGGAUACCCUUUGACCUCCAACACAGUGUACUCGCCACCCCCUCGACCCCUCCCCAGAAACACGUUCUCACGGCCUGCCUUCAGCCUGAAAAAGCCCUACAAACACUGCAACUGGAAAUGUGCUGCUCUCAGUGCCAUCCUCAUCUCAGUCACUCUGCUGUUCCUCUUGGCUUAUUUUAUUGCCAUGCACCUUUUUGGGUUGAACUGGCACCUACAGCCAACGCAGCGACAGUUGUACCAACUUUCAGAAGACAAUACCAGUGGCCUACCCUUUCCCACAGACCUGAGCCUCUCACCACAGGGCAACACAGGCCUGGAAAUCAAAGGAAAAGAUGACAGCAAAUUGGACAGCUUGUUCCCAGAUGACAGCUAUAUAGAUAUGGGUGAGAUUGACGUGGGCCGCAAGGUCGCACAGCAGAUUCCUCCUGGUAUCUUCUGGAGGUCCCAGGUCUUCAUUGAUCAUCCCAUGUACCUGAAGUUCAACGUGUCCUUAAGCAAAGAUGCCUUAGUCGGAAUCUACGGAAGAAGAGGACUACCUCCAUCACACACACAGUUUGACUUUGUGGAGCUGCUGGAUGGGCGGAGGCUCCUGGUCCAGGACACCCAUGGCCUGGAGGGCCCCGUGGCCCUGCAGAGGAGCCUGGUUCCCAUUACUACUCACGACACAGGAUUUAUCCAGUACUUGGACACAGGCAUCUGGCACCUGGCCAUCUACAACGAUGGAAAAGAAACAGAGACUGUCUCUUUCCUCACCACUGCUAUAGAAUCCAUUGACGACUGUCCAAGUAACUGCUUUGGAAAUGGUGACUGUGUAGCUGGAACCUGCCACUGCUUUUUAGGAUUCAAAGGGCCUGACUGCGGAAGAGCUGCCUGUCCGGUGCUGUGCAGUGGGAAUGGUCAAUACCUUAAAGGUCGCUGUAUGUGCCACAGCGGCUGGAAGGGCUCAGAGUGUGACGUUCCCACCAACCAGUGCAUUGACAUCACAUGCAGUGGCCAUGGGACCUGCAUCGUGGGGACUUGUAUCUGCAACCCAGGCUACAAGGGAGAGAACUGCGAAGAAGUGGACUGCCUGGACCCGACAUGCUCCGGCCGAGGGGUGUGUGUCCAGGGAGAGUGCCACUGCUUUGUGGGCUGGGGCGGUCCCGGAUGUGAGAGCCCCAGGGCGUCCUGCAUGGACCAGUGCUCUGGACACGGAGCCUUCCUGGCAGACACAGGCACCUGCAGCUGCGAUCCCAACUGGACAGGCCAUGACUGUGGCACUGAGAUUUGUGCAGCCGACUGUGGUGGCCAUGGCGUUUGUGUGUCGGGCAGCUGCCGAUGCGACGAGGGCUGGAUGGGUGCUGGGUGUGACCAAAGGGCGUGUCACCCUCGCUGCAACGAACAUGGCACUUGCAAGGACGGCAAGUGUGAAUGCAGUCCUGGCUGGAAUGGAGAGCACUGCACCAUUGAGGGUUGCCCAGGUUUGUGCAAUGGAAAUGGUAGGUGCACUCUCGGAAACAGUGGCUGGUACUGUGUGUGCCAGCUGGGAUGGAGGGGCACUGGCUGUGACACCUCCAUGGAAACGGCCUGCAGUGAUGUCAAGGACAACGAUGGAGAUGGCCUUGUGGACUGCAUGGAUCCUGACUGCUGUCUGCAGUCGAGCUGUCACACCACCUCCCUGUGUGUGGGCUCCCCGGACCCCCUGGACAUUAUCCAAGAGACACAGAUGUCCUCUGCACAGAGCAACCUGCAGACGUUCUAUGACCGCGUUCACUUUCUGGUGGGCAAAGACAGCACCCAUGUCAUUCCUGGAGCCAAUCCCUUCGAUGGCAGUCAUGCUUGUGUGAUUCGAGGACAAGUUGUAACCUCUGAUGGAACGCCACUGGUUGGAGUCAAUAUCAGUUUCAUCAACAACCCAUCGUUCGGAUACACAAUUACCCGGCAGGACGGGAGUUUUGACUUGGUAACCAACGGGGGAAUCGCCAUCGGCCUGCGUUUCGAGCGUGCCCCCUUCAUCACUCAGGAACACACGCUGUGGUUGCCGUGGGGGCGCUUCUUCGUCAUGGACACCAUCGUGAUGCGGCACGAGGAGAACGACAUCCCGAGUUGCGACCUGAGCAGCUUCACCCGCCCCAGCCCCAUCGUCGCCCCUGCUCCUCUCACUGCCUUCGCUGGGUCCUGCUCUGAGAGGGGUAACAUUGUACCCGAAAUCCAGUCUCUGCAGGAGGAAGUGCCCAUUCCAGGAACGGAUAUGAAGCUUAGCUAUUUAAGCAGCAGGACCGCCGGUUACAAGUCAAUACUCCGAGUGACCCUGACCCAUCCCACAAUCCCUUUCAACUUGAUGAAAGUUCACCUCAUGGUCGCUGUGGAGGGACGGCUAUUCAGAAAGUGGUUCCCCGCUGCCCCCAACCUCUGGUAUGAUUUUGUAUGGGACAAGGCAGAUGUCUACAGUCAGAAAGUCUAUGGGCUGUCAGAAGCUUUUGUAUCUGUUGGGUUUGAGUAUGAGUCAUGUCCAGAUCUAAUUUUGUGGGAGAAAAGGACUGCUGUUCUACAAGGAUAUGAGAAGACUGCGUCCAAACUGGGUGGAUGGACAGUUGAUAAGCAUCAUGCUCUCAAUAUACAGAGUGGUAUUCUGCACAUGGGCAAUGGAGAGAACGUCUUCAUCUCGCAGCAGCCUCCUGUGAUUGGCAGUGUGAUGGGGAACGGGCGCAGGCGCAGUAUCUCCUGCCCCAGCUGUAACGGGCUGGCCGACGGGAACAAGCUGCUGGCCCCUGUGGCUCUGGCCUGUGGCUCAGACGGGAGUCUUUAUGUGGGAGACUUUAACUAUGUGCGGAGGAUCUUCACCACAGGGAACGUCACCAGUGUCCUGGAGCUCAGCAACAGCCCGGCUCAUAAGUACUACCUGGCCACCAGUCCAGUGAACGGGGCUGUGUACCUGUCUGACACCAGCAGCAGAAAAGUGUUUAAGGUGAAGUCUCUCAGUGUGGUAAAAGAUGUGGCCAAGAAUCUGGAGCUGGUGGCAGGGACAGGCGACCAGUGUCUGCCGUACGACGACACGCGCUGUGGGGAUGGAGGGAAGGCUGUGGAGGCUACGCUCACUAACCCCAGAGGCAUUACUGUGGAUAAGUACGGGGUAAUCUUCUUUGUGGAUGGCACCAUGAUUCGUAGGAUUGAUCAGAACGGUAUCAUCUCCACUCUUCUGGGCUUUAAUGACCUGACCUCUGCUCGACCCCUGAGCUGCGAUGCUGUCAUGGACAUUUCUCAGGUGCGCCUUGAGUGGCCCACAGACCUGGCUGUGAGCCCCAUGGACAACUCCCUCUAUGUGCUGGAUAACAAUGUGGUGCUGCAGAUCUCAGAAAACCACCAGGUCCGAAUUGUAGCCGGACGCCCCAUGCACUGCCAAGUCCCUGGGAUUGACCACUUCCUCAUGAGCAAAGUGGCUAUUCAUGCUACGUUGGAGUCUGCUAAUGCUCUGGCUAUCUCUCACACUGGUGUUUUGUACAUCGCUGAGUCAGAUGAGAAGAAAAUUAACCGAGUUCGACAGGUGUCUACCAAUGGAGAGAUCUCUAUUGUGGCUGGGGCUCCGAGCGGCUGUGACUGUAAGAACGAUGCAAACUGUGACUGCUACUCCGGCGAUGAAGGCUAUGCUAAAGAUGCUAAACUCAAUGCUCCAUCUUCUCUGGCUGUGUGCCCAGACGGGGAACUUUACAUUGCAGAUUUGGGCAACAUCCGAAUCCGCUAUGUGCGCAAAAACAAGCCAUUCCUGAACCCUCUCAGUAUGUAUGAAGUGUCGUCUCCUAUUAAUGACGAGCUCUAUCUUUUUGACUCCAAUGGCAGCCAUAUUUAUACACAAAGUCUGACUACUGGAGACCAUCUGUAUAACCUUACCUACAGUGGAGCAGGAGAUAUAAGCACCAUCACAGACAAAAACAAAAAUACAAUCAUUAUAAGACGGGACACCACGGGCAUGCCUCUGUGGCUCAUGGUUCCUGAUGGGCGGACAUUUUGGUUCACCAUGGGUACAAACAGCGCUCUGAAGAGUGUUGGAGCUCAGGGUCAAGAAUUAGCCCUGAUGACCUACCACGGCAGCUCAGGACUUCUAGCCACAAAGACGAACGAGAAUGGAUGGACAACCUUUUAUGAGUAUGACAGUUACGGGCGUCUGACUAACGUCACUUACCCCACGGGCCGCGUGAGCAGCUACCGAACGGAUGCCGACAGCUCGGUCCGCAUCCAGACAGAGGGCUCCAACAAAGAGGAUAUCACCGCCACCACCAACCUGUCAGCCUCUGGCACCUUCUACACUCUCAUGCAGGAUCAAGUACGGAACAGUUACUUCAUUGGUUUGGACGGCUCACUGCACCUGGUGCUAGCCAAUGGAAUGGAGGUGUCGCUGCACACAGAGCCCCACCUCUUGGCCGGCACUGUCAACCCCACUGUCAGCAAGAGGAACGUGACCCUGGCCAUUGACAACGGGCUCAACCUGGUGGAGUGGAGACAGCGUAAGGAGCAGGCGCGGGGCCAGGUCACUGUGUACGGCCGCAGACUCCGGGUUCAUAACAGGAAUCUUUUGUCCCUGGACUUUGACCGGAUCACUCGUACAGAGAAAGUAUAUGAUGACCACAGGAAGUUCACACUGCGUAUCCACUACGACCACGCGGGACGCCCCACCCUCUGGGCUCCCAGCAGUCGUCUGAAUGGGGUGAAUGUCACAUACUCUUCCGGGGGCCACGUGGCUGGGAUCCAGAGGGGAACCAUGUCUGUGCGCAUGGAGUAUGACCCCAAUGGCAGAAUCACCUCUCAGAUCUUUGCCGAUGGAAAAUCAUGGACUUACACUUAUUUAGAAAAGUCGAUGGUGCUGCUUCUGUACAGCCAAAGGCAAUACAUCUUUGAGUUUGACAAAAACAACAGAUUGUCUUCGGUGACGAUGCCCAACGUGGCUCGUCAGACUCUGGAGACCACCCACUCCAUCGGUUACUACAGAAACACGUACCACCCGCCUGAAGGAAACGCCUCAGUGCUGCAAGACUACAGUGAGGACGGCCAGCUGCUGCAGACUACCUAUCUGGGCACUGGACGCAGGAUCAUCUAUAAAUACGGCAAGCUGGCCAAACUGCUGGAAAUCCUCUAUGACACUACACGAAUUGGCUUUUCUUAUGAUGAAGUGGCAGGGAUGCUUAAAACUGUGAAUUUGCAGAGUGAAGGCUUUACUUGCACUAUUCGCUACAGGCAAAUCGGCCCGCUUAUCGACAGACAGAUUUUCAGAUUCAGCGAGGAGGGUAUGGUCAACGCGCGAUUUGAUUACGUCUACGACAACAGCUUCAGAGUGACGAGCAUGCAGGCUGUAAUCAACGAAACCCCUCUGCCAAUUGAUUUAUACCGGUACGACGACGUGUCCGGCAAAACAGAACAGUUUGGCAAAUUUGGUGUCAUUUAUUACGACAUUAAUCAGAUUAUCACAACGGCCGUAAUGACCCACACUAAACACUUUGACGCUUACGGGAGAGUGAAGGAGGUACAAUACGAGAUCUUCCGUUCCCUGAUGUACUGGAUGAUGGUGCAGUACGACAAUAUGGGCCGUGUGGUCGCCAAGGAACUAAAAGUAGGUCCCUAUGCCAACACUACGCGAUACACUUACGAAUACGAUGCAGAUGGACAAUUGCAAGUUGUGUCUAUCAAUGAUAAACCUUUAUGGAGGUACAGCUAUGACCUCAAUGGAAAUCUGCACCUGCUUAGUCCAGGAAAUAGCGCCAGGCUAACCCCCCUACGUUACGAUAUUAGAGACCGCAUCACUCGUCUGGGAGAUGUCCAGUACAGAAUGGAUGAAGACGGUUUUCUUAAGCAAAGAGGCAAUGAUUACUUUGAAUACAACUCCGCUGGUUUGCUGAUUAAAGUGUACAACAAAGUGAGUGGGUGGAGCAUCAAAUAUCGCUAUGACGGCUUAGGGAGGAGGGUGUCCAGCAGGAGCACAACUGGGCACCACCUGCAGUUUUUCUACGCAGAUCUGUCUAGUCCUACACGUGUAACACAUAUGUACAACCACUCCAGCUCAGAAAUUACCUCCCUGUACUACGACUUACAAGGACACCUCUUUGCCAUGGAGCUGAGCAGUGGCGAUGAGUUUUACGUCGCCUGUGAUAACAUUGGCACUCCUUUAGCCGUCUUUAGCGGCUCUGGAAUCAUGAUCAAACAGGUUCUGCACACAGCGUUCGGAGAGGUUUACUUGGACACUAACCCCAGCUUCCAGCUCAUUAUCGGGUACCAGGGGGGUCUGUACGAGCCCCUGAGCAGGCUGGUGCACAUGGGGCGCAGAGACUAUGACGUCCUCACGGGGCGCUGGACCACACCCAAUCAUAACAUCUGGAAACGCCUCAACAGUAACCACAUUGUGCCAUUCAAUCUGUAUAUGUUCAAGAACAACAACCCACUGAGCAACAACGACGAGAUAAAGUGCUACAUGACAGAUGUGAACAGCUGGUUGGUGACAUUUGGCUUCCAGCUGUACAAUGUGAUCCCAGGUUACAGAAAGCCAAACACAGAAGCAAUGGAGCCCUCUUAUGAGCUGGUACGCACCCAGAUCAAGACUCAGGAGUGGGACAGCACCAAGUCGUUGCUGGGAGUCCAGUGUGAAGUGCAGCGGCAGCUCAAGGCCUUUGUGAAGCUGGAGCGGUUUGGACAGAUCUACGGUGCCAAAAGUGCUGGAUGUCCCCAGACGGAGGACAAGAUCCUGUUUGCCUCUGGGGGCUCUAUCUUUGGAAAGGGGGUAAAGUUUGCCAUUCGAGAGGGCCGCAUCACCACAGACAUCAUCAGCCUGGCCAAUGAGGACGGGCGGCGUAUGGCUGCAGUGCUAAAUGACGCCUUCUACCUGGAGAACCUGCACUUCACCAUCACUGGAGUGGACACACACUACUUUGUGAAGCUGGGCUCUGUGGAGGGAGACCUGGCUCUCAUUGGAAUGACAGUGGGCCGGCGCACUUUGGAGAAUGGGGUCAAUGUGACCGUGACGCAGGUGAACACUGUGCUGAACGGCAGGACUAGGCGCAUCACGGACAUCCAGCUGCAGUAUGGUGCUCUGUGUCUGAACACACGCUACGGCAGUAGUGUAGACGAGGAGAAGGCACGUGUGCUGGAGCUGUCCCGGCAGAGGGCUGUGUCUCAGGCCUGGGCCAGAGAGAGACAGAGACUGCGGGACGGGGAGGAGGGCUCCCGCACGUGGACUGAAGGAGAGAAGCAGCAGCUGCUGGGCUCAGGUCGGGUGCAGGGCUACGAUGGAUACUACGUGGUGUCAGUGGACCAGUACCCCGAGCUGGCCGACAGUGUCAAUAACAUCCACUUCAUGAGACAGAGCGAGAUGGGCCGCAGGUGACAUGAGCCAGGCGCUCUGGGACCACACUUUCAUGUGGGACUUCUUGCCAAAGACAGUUGUGUACAUGACCACUUUUGUUUUCAUUGACUGUGAUCAACUUCUUUUAUAAUAAUCUGGAAAAAAGAAGAAACCUGGCUGCAAUCAGUUGCACUGUAUUAAGAGAAGAGUGCCCUUCUUUAACAGUCUUUGCCCUCCAAGUGCGGCUGCUAGAGGAUGAACAUUAACGCGUGUGACUUAUUUUUACGAUGCCAUUUCCUCGUGUGGCCGGUGAUUCAGAGGAACCCGAGAGGAGUACUGGUAAUGCAUUUUGUUCACUGGCUCACCGCUGCCAGACUUACAGAUUGUUAUUCACAAGCUUGCUCCAUUCUGCCUUUUUCAGCACCUCAGCCAAGGAGAUUCCUUCUCUUUUAAUCACUUCUUUUUAAUACUUGAAGCCCUCAUAUCCCCAGUCAUCCAUACAUAAUGAGAGAGAUUCUGUUGGCGGUAGGGCCCUUCAUCACAACCCCAGCUGAACUUGUCAAAGCACCUUUUUCUGUGAUGUCUUUUCUGUAUUUUGUGUUUUAUUUUUUGUGGUGGCGUGGUACUCAUCUGUGAUCCUAGCUCUGAAGGCAACCUUGCAUGCCUUCUUUUUGGACAGUUAAAUUAACAAAAGCUCUCAAACUUGUUCAGCCAACAGAGAUGUGCCAUCACUUUUUUGGUUCUUUUGAGUUUCUAUUUUAACUAAAACAUCAUGAAAAACAUAACUUAUUCUCUGCUCUUUUAAUUUGACUGAAAUAUUGAGCCACUCUGUAAUGUGGGUUCUGUCUGUAUUAAAGAAAAGGUAUUUUACAGGACCAGUUUGAAUUUGUGUUGGUUUUAUAAAUAGCUAUAUCAUGAAUUAACAGUAUAACAAAUGUGAACUUAAAAAUGUGAAUUCUUGUCCCUUUUCUUGUUGAUUGUUGUACUUGAACAAAUCAUGAGGGUGUUUGAACAAAUGGAGUAAACUGAAAGAUAGUUUAGUUCAGUCAAUUACUGUUUUCAUUUGACCUGUAACAUUAACUGACCUCACUUUAAAUGAGAGGUUUGUUUUUCCACUGAGCUUUUGUCAGUAUUCCUAACCACUUAUCAAAUAAAGUGAUAUUAAUAUUUAUAAUGAAAUGGAUAACUAUUCUUACCAGUGAUGCACACUACAUUAGCGGAUAGAGAGGUUUUAUACAGUAGCCCAGAUGGAGGUUACAAAUUGCCUUUGCCCUCAGGGCCACCAGCAGGGCACCUUUCAAAGUGCUUUCAUUCUCCACUAUUGGGUUUGCUCACUCCACAGCUGGACCUGCACAAUAGAGUCUGAUACAAACUGUUGUAUGGCUGUCCACCAGGAUACUCCUCACUCAAGAGGACAGGUCACAUCCGCUCAUUGAAAAAGUCAAACUCCAGUGAAGUUAGGACUGUUUUGGAGACACAUCUUUGAGUUGUACUUUUAUAAACUAUGCCAAGCCACUGCACACUGACUCCUGUUAUUCUAAUAGAGCUCUUCUUGUUUGUGAGUGUCGGUGGUGAGAGCAUGAUUGGCCUGUCGAGAUCAGUAUAAAUGUUAAUGCAACAUUUUCACUGAUAAUUUUUUUCUGCUGUUGUUUGAGUGCCCAUUUUCCCGAAAACAAAAUGUAUGUUCAACAUAUGAAUGAAGGAUAUUUGCAUUGUGGAAUAUUGCACUGAAACUGUUGUGUGAUAAAGACUGUAUGUUUUUGUUUUUUACUUUUGGACUUGUUUUAAGUUUUGGUUUGUUCGAAACACUGUGUUUUUAGCGCUUCUCUUUGGCUGUGUAAAUAUGAAAACAUCAAGUAUGCUGUAAAUAAAAUGCAAAUGUAGAUAACUCUUAGAGCUACAUCGGUGACCCUGUGUAGUCUUAAGGUAGAAAAAAUAAAGGGACUAUUUUGUGUUU